AUGUUAGAAAAAUUUACGAGCAAUGAAAAUCAUAAUAGUACUUUAACUACGCCUAAACAACGUGUACCACCACGUUUAGCGUAUAGUACAAAUAAACCGGCUGCUGCUGCACUGUUAAAGGUAACUGCCUCUGCAUCACCGUUUAAACGAAAAAUACUUUCAACGUCGACAUCAUUGUUGGCACCAUCAAAACGAAAACAGAAUGAAGAUAUUGAAAAAAUUUCUCAAUUAAAAAAUGAAAAUCAGAAAUUGGUGGACGAAAUCCAAGUGUUGAAAGAGAAAAGUCAAGAUUAUGAAAAUAGAAUGCAAAAUGUAGAACAAGAGGUUGAUAAACAACGUCUAUUGUAUGAAAAAUGUGCGAGUGUCGAUCAAACUGAUACGAAAUACCAAUAUGAAGAUGAAAUAUUUAAAUUAAAAAAUGAAUUGAAAACAUCGAUAAGAGAAAAAGAAAAAGAUAAAACAACAGCACAAAUGACACGUGAAGAAGAAAAGCCAGCAAAUGACGAUAAUGCUGAUUUUUCAACCAAUGUAACGCAUACAACACCUAUUCGUAAAAAAAUAAAUCAAAAAACAUCGCAAUCAAUGAUAAAUUCGAAAUGUACAAUGGAUAGGUUAUUAACUGAACAACCAAACUAUUCAACGAAUAUUAAUAAUAUAUCAUUCGUAGCAGGUGACAAUAAAUCAUCGGAUGAUGAUAAGGAGACGCAUCAGUUUUCACGUUUAAGUGCUGUUGCUAGUCGAACAAGAUCAAGACAAAAAUAA